GUCACGGGCGUGCGGCUAUAGAUGGAGCUCGGGAGCCCGGCGCAGCCCAGCGCAGCCCCCCGAGCUGCGGGAUGGUGGCGGCGGGGGGGGACGCGGCGGCGGCGAUGGCUCAGAGCACCGGACCGGGCUCCGUGUAACGGGAGAGGGGCCCUGAGCCACGCGCGGCGAAGGCAGCGCGGAUCCCGGGUAUUCCCCCGUGCCAGGAGGUCGCGGGAACCCCUCUGCGACCCCCGCCCCAAAAUCGCCUCGGAGCGCACCGAGGAACGAUGAAAAAAAAUAAUAAUUCUGCAAAAAGGGGGAACCAGGAUGGAAACCAGCAACCUGCGCAGCCGGAGAAGGUCGGCUGGGUGCGGAAAUUUUGCGGGAAAGGCAUUUUUAGGGAAAUCUGGAAAAACCGUUAUGUGGUUCUGAAGGGAGAUCAGCUUUACAUCUCGGAGAAGGAGGUAAAAGAUGAAAAAAACAUACAGGAAACGUUUGAUCUGAGUGACUACGAGAAAUGUGAAGAGCUCAGGAAGUCCAAAAGCAGAAGCAAAAAGAACCACAGUAAAUUUACCCUUGCCCACUCCAGGCAGCCUGGAAACACGGCACCAAAUCUGAUCUUCCUGGCUGUGAGUCCAGAAGAGAAAGAGUCCUGGAUUAACGCCCUCAACUCUGCAAUCACACGUGCUAAAAACCGGAUCUUGGACGAGGUCACCGUGGAAGAGGACAGUUUCCUUGCCCACCCUACACGUGACAGAGCCAAGAUCCAGCACUCCCGGCGCCCUCCCACGCGGGGUCACCUCAUGGCUGUGGCAUCUACCUCAACCUCUGACGGAAUGCUGACCCUCGACCUGAUCCAGGAGGAAGACGCCUCUCCGGAGGAUCACGGCACCUGCGAGGAGAGUUUCCGGGUGGAUCUGGACAAAUCCGUGGCACACCUGACCGCGGGGCGGCGCCGCUCGGACUCGGAGAACACCAAAUCAUCGGAGAAAGGGCGGACAGGGAGCCUCCCCCGACAGGAGGCGACCCCGUGGGACAGAGCCGGGCAGCGCAAUGACUCCUUUGACAGAGGGACCAUGUACACACCGCAGGUCCCCAAAAAGCUCUCACACUCAGAAAAGAAUAAAUGUGCCUCCAUGGAAGAAAUCCUGUCCCGACGGGACUCUUCCACACAUCGGGCGGUGCUGAGGAAGGGGCUGGAGGCUCAGUUUGCCUCGGCAGAGCCGGAGCAGCUGACCCGGAUACAGGAACUGGUUGCACUGAAACUGGAAAAAACUCAGGAACUGCUGACAGAGGUGAAGGGCUACGGGGAAGGCAAGAAAAAGACCAAGGACUCCAACACCAGCACCACCAUCACCACCACCUCUUCUUCCUCAUCGUCUUCUUCCAAGUCGGACUCUGAAAGGAUCCUGCAGGAAUCUGAGAGGCUGCUGGGGGAGGCUUCCUCCACCUGGAGCCAAGCCAAGAGGGUGCUGCAGGAGAUCAAAGAGCUGAGGGACCUGUACAAACAGUUUGAGCUGCAGCAGUCAGACUCGAAGCCCAAACAGAGCUCACAGUCGCAGUUUAGGAAGAGCAUGAUGUGAAGGCAAGCCUUGGGAUGGGAGGGAGGGACUGGGAAGGGCGGCCAUCUGGUCUUUUUUUUAAUUAUUACUAUUAUUUACAGUGUUCAAAAGAGUGAAAAGGUGCCUGCUCUCACCCAAAUUUGCUUCUCAAAGCUUGGACCCUUCCUUUCCUCCAUCGCAUCCCCUGAUGAAUCAACCCAGUGUUCCAAUAAAUCAGUUGCAGUUUAUA